GUGCACUUGGCCGCCAGGGGCAUCGGGCAGGAAGUGAGGGGUGACUCCGCAGACAACAACAUCCGGUUUGAGGAUUGGAUUUUAGGACAUUUUCUGGCGUGUGCUGAGAAAGAUGAGCAGCAGAUGACAGUCUGACAUCCGAGUUUCUCAGUGAAGUCAUGAUGACGAAUCCAGUCAGUGUUCAGACCCUCAGUAAGACAUGGGAGCUGAGUUUGUACGAACUCCACCGAACGCCUCAGGAGGCGAUCAUGGACAGCACGGAGAUCGACGUGUCUCCCAGAAGCCUCCACAGCGAGCUGAUGUGUCCCAUCUGUCUGGACAUGCUGAAGAACACCAUGACCACCAAAGAGUGUCUGCAUCGCUUCUGCUCCGAGUGCAUCGUCACCGCGCUGCGCUCCGGGAAUAAAGAGUGUCCCACCUGCAGGAAGAAGCUGGUGUCCAAGCGCUCUCUGCGCGCCGACCCCAACUUCGACGCGCUGAUCUCUAAGAUGUACCCGAGCCGUGACGAGUACGAGGCGCACCAGGACAAGGUUCUGGAGCAGCUGAGCCGCCUGCACAACAACGAGGCUCUGAGCAGCAGCAUCGAGCAGGGGCUGCGCAUGCAGGCCAGACACAGAGCUCAGCGUGUGCGUAAGCUGCAUCCGGAGAGCGAGAACGCCACGCUCAGCGGCGGUGAGGACGAGGUCUCGCAGGACACCAGCUGCGCUGCGGAGCCGGGCCCCAGCCGCGCCAGAAGAGCGUCUGAUGACUCCGGGGCCGAGGCUCCUGCUCCUGCUCCACAGCGCUCCGAGAUCGAGCUCAUAUUCUGCCCACAUCCCCUGCUGGUCAGCCACCAGCAGUACAGCCAGACAAGAUACGUCAAAACCACAGCCAAAGCCACGGUGGACCACCUGUCGAAGUACCUGGCUCUGCGCGUGGCUCUGGAGGAGGGUUCGAGCGGCACGCCGGAGGGAGCUCUGCGGGACGUCAGCGAGAAGCAGUUCACCAUCUACAUCAGCACAGCGGCGGGACAGUUCACCACACUGAACGGCUCGCUGACGCUGGAGCUGGUCAACCAGAAGUUCUGGAAGCUCUGCAAGCCUCUGGAGCUCUUCUACGCCCCUACAGACCAGAACCAGACGCCUCAGCUGCGACAGAUGGACGAAGAAAACCCAGGACAAUCAGCUGUAGCCUGAAAGACUCUUUCUGUCCUGCUGUACUGAGGUCAGCACAGGUUCAGUCAGUCCCCACUGAAGGAGUCGCUCUUGUGUACAGUAGCUCCUGCAGUGAAGCUCAGGCCAAGUUAAAGGGAUAGUUCACCCCAAAAAUGAAAAUUCUGUCAUUAAUUACUCACCCUCAUGUCGUUCCAAACAUUUAAGAUCUUCGUUUAUCUUCAGAAACAAAUUAAGAGCUCUCUGACCCUCCAUAGACAGCAACACAACUGCAAUGUUCCCAUGUCCAGAAACGUAGCAAGGACAUCAGUAAAAUAGUCCAUGUGACAUCAGGGGUUCAACCGUAAUUUUACGAAGCUACACAAAUACUUUUUGUGCACAAAGAAAACAAAAAUAACAAUUUAUUCAACAAUUCUUCUCCCCCCGAGUUACUGUCUUCCGCAAUUUUGGAGAGUAUCACAACGCAUACACACGCUUUUCCUUAAGUGUAAACAACGCUGAUUACGUUCUGGGGUACUCUCCAAAAUGUAUAUACAUUGUAAAUACUCUAUGUAUUUUCUAGUCUAAAAUGAGCUCACUAUGGAGCCUAACGUGUGCUAAUGUCUUCUUUACUACUUAGCUGCCAAAAAAGUGAAGCACAUGGCUCAUAAUUUUACAUUUUCCUGGUCGAGGGGGAUGUUAUUUGACAUCACUAAAAUAAAAUUUUGUUGGUUGAACAUUUAAUAUUGUAUUUUAAAUGCAUUUUUCUUAGCGUCAUUUAUACAUGACGAGGGUUAAAGUUGAAAAUCUAAAUGUGUAAAUAAAUCUGUAUGUUGUAAAUGUGUCCUGUCAGGUAAGAGAAGUUCUUCACACACCUUCAUGUAAACAGGGAGGUGGUCAAAUCUCAGCUUAUACUAGUGACAUAAUACCAUAUGUGUACAGAUUUAAGAGAAGUCUGUAUGGAAACAUCUGCAGAUUGUUUUCUGUGCUUGUUCGUUUCUAAUUUAUUUCAUUUACUCGUUCAUUGAUUUAUAUGCUUGUUUUCACCAUCACUUCACUUUCCUCCUGCCUCUUGGGUUGACAGAAGACGAGAUGAGCUGCUGACAGCUAACCAUGAGCUACUGUUUAAAUGGAAGCGACUGCUUAUUAUCUUAAUCUAGUGACAACCCUCAUAUUAAGGUCAUAAUUCUGUUGUACAGGUUUUUCUAAAUAGCCCAGGCUACCUCUGGUUAGAAAUGACAGAGAAACAGAGUAAUGGACACCUUCAUGAGAAUGUUUUUUUAAGGUGGUCACAUUCCUGAAUCUGAAUUGAAUGGAAUCUUGUUUCCACCGCAAAAGAAAAAAGAAAGAAA